CACAACAAUUCUUAUUUUCAGGUGAUUACACACUAAAGAAAAUAUACCCAUUAAACUUAAAUUCCAUUUCUGAGAAUAGAUCUCCCUUAUUGUUACACACUGGCCCUUUAAGUAUUCAUCUUUAGUGUGCCCUUCAAAUGGAUUAGAACAAAGUUUGCAUUUAUCUUAAUCCAGAGUCUGCAUGUGUUUUACAUGCUGCGGAAGAACAAUUUGCACAGAUCAGUGGGUGUGACAAACACACACACUUGAACCUGCAUGAAUAGUUUGAUAAGAGUGUGAUAAGUUGAGAAUGUAAGUCAAAGAAGGUCAGGUUUUGAACAAGGGAGGAGUGUGGUGAGAGAGCAAGAAAAAACGAACAGAACAAAAAUAACAACAGAUAUUAAUUUCAAAGGAGAAAGAAAGACAACGUUUUUGCUCCUUCUAGUGAGUUUUUCACCAGGGUACGUUUUCACCACUUGCGACACUCAAAUAGGAGACGUGAAUGAAGACCAUUAGGAGAUAAACACAGACAAAUGCAAUAAUCCACGGACUGAUGAAGACUCACAAAACAUUAGAUAUGGAUCGAAUCAUAAAUCUAAUUCUACUUCUUUCAGGGCUGUGUUCUCUAUCUUCAUGUGCACUCCAUUCCACGUAUGCCAUAUACACAUCUCCAAUACCCUGGCAAGAGGCAGAGAUAUACUGCAGAGAGAAAUGUUUUGGCAUGGCCAACCCAGACGACAUGGACAAGAUGGAAAUGGUUCUCAAAGCUCUUGGGGACCAAUACUAUGAUGCCGCGUGGAUAGGACUUCGGAAAGGGGGUACUGAAAGGUGGCAUUGGUCUUUGUCAGACAGAGCUCUCUACACGGGGAACGAAAGAAACUAUCGAAUUUGGGCAUCAUCAAGUAAUUCAGACCCGUGUGGAGUUAUCAAAAGUGGGAAACUGAGUACACAUUUGUGUGGAAUCUUUCGAAAUUCAAUUUGCUUUGAUGGAAGUAAACAAGGUCGAGAUCAGUACAUUCUCAUUACAAAUGCUACGAUUUGGCCUGUUGCCCGAGACUACUGCAGAGCACACUACACAGACCUGACCAGUGCGAGGAAUAUACCAGAGUACAAUACACUCCAUGAUGUAGCCGGUGACCAGGAGGUGUGGGUCGGCCUCUUCAAAGACAAGUGGGAGUGGUUAGACAAGUCGGACUCGUCGUUUAGAUACUGGAACUUAGACCACGAGAUCCAUGCUCCAACUAGCCAAGUCUGUGGUGCUUUGUUCAAGAGUCACUCUGGUGGAUGGGGGGAACGGCCGUGUGGAGAACCAAACCAGUCCGUCUGUAAAUGUCCCGUUGUGAGCAUCAUCAAAGUGAGGAUCAGCUCACAGGACUCGGUGCUGGAGCAAAACGACCCUGCAAUGCAAGACGACAUCUUGAAGCAAAUCAUGGCGGAGCUGAAGAAGAAAAAUGUGUUGGGUGUUUCCAAAUUACGAUGGAAGAAGCAUCCUGAUGGGAGAGUUUUUAACAAGGAACCUCAAAGAAGUGGCUGAAGAGAAAAGAAUCAGAGAGGCAGUAAACAAAAUACCCAGCCAUAAAUGUACACACUUCGAGGCCACACUUAUCAAUUGUAAUAUUAGCAGUGAACAUUUAACAUUUCAUUUACAACAUUUAAGCAUGCACUAUCAUGACAUUGGGCCCUCACACACACACACACAUUAUUAACAUUAUGUAGCAGUUAUAUUGAUUAUUUUGGUAUAUUUAUAUGCAGUGAAUCAUACCAUUAUCUUUAUAUGAUUUGUUCUAGUAUGUUCUAGUAUGACAAUGUACUGCAGUUCUGUGUGUGGUUUGUCCAAGUAGUGUUGCCGUACCCCAGCAGAAGCCGUUGCUUGACUCUGCAGGGCAGGCUAUACAUAUACUCUGUAGGACAGGUAGAUUUAUUCUUGUAAUAUCAUGACUUUAUUCUAAUUAUAUUAUGACUUUAUUAUUGGAAUAUUACAAUUUUUUUCUUGAAA